AUGCUGGCCUUAUUCAACAAGCUCUUAGACUGGUUCAAGGCGCUUUUUUGGAAGGAGGAGAUGGAGCUCACCUUGGUGGGGCUGCAAUAUUCCGGGAAGACCACCUUUGUCAACAUGAUUGCGGUGAGCGUGAUGGGAAGAGAAGGAGGCCUGGCGGGAGAGGGAGGAAAGGGAAGCACCAAGGCAUCGUCCUAUACCACCUGCUAUCAAAGUGGGUGGGGCCACGCCACGGACACUAGAAGAAGUAAAAGAAAAACUCUGGGAUAUAGGGGGGCAGCCACGCUUUCGAAGUAUGUGGGAGAGAUACUGUCGAGGAGUAAGUGCUAUUGUGUUCUGGUACUGGGAAACAAGAGAGAUAUUCCAGGGGCUCUAGAUGAGAAAGAAUUAAUAGAGAGAAUGAACCUUUCUGCCAUUCAGGACAGGGAGAUCUGCUGCUACUCAAUUUCCUGCAAAGAGAAGGACAAUAUUGACAUCACCCUACAGUGGCUUAUCCAGCACUCCAAAUCCCGGAGGAGCUGAGAAGACCUAACUCCUAUCUGCCAUCUUUAAGUAUCCUGGACUGUGUUUUGUGUCUGGGACUCCAUCAUAGAACCAAGAAAAUGAAAAGGCACCCAAGUCCCUGAAACUCUCUCCAACCCAUCAUCUCUGUGUAUUCUCUUUCUCAUCUGACUUCUCUUUUUCCCUGUCUCUUUUUAAUGGUAUUUUUACACUCUCACUUACCUUUGUAACAUAUGGUCCUUACUGCCUUUAAGGCUUGCUCCCUUCAUCCUCUUGCAUCCUUUUACCUUUUUAUUGUUGUUGAUGUGUGUGUACGUGUAUAUAUAUAUAUACACAUGUGUAUAUAUAUAUAGUCCUCCAUGAAGCCAGCACUCUCGAUAAAAUAGUUUCAAACGCCUGGGUGCAGUAUCAACAAUUACAAUCUCUGCAUACACGAAUAAGAUCCGCACUCACAGGACUUAUGAAAAUUAUAGAAAAUUUAUUGCGAAAGCCUAACGUUUCGGCCUCCUCCGAGGCCUUUUUCAAAGUAACAAAUACAUACACACAAAUGCUUUAAAUACCCAGAUUGGCGGGAAAAAAUAUAUAUUUUUUGGCCAAUUAGAGAUGACGUAUCCACCCCAUCAUUAAAGUACGACAAAUAUACAAAUCCCAGAUAACAAAAUAAUUAUCACAAAUCACUACAUAAACAUAAAUAAUAUAACAAAAACCCACUUCCUAAUACAAUGUUAAAAACGUUUUAAAACCAAGUAUUAAGUAACAUUAUAUCACUACCCCAUUUGUUGUUAAAGUUGUUACCAUAGUUAUGACUUGUUACAAAAAUAUCAAAGUUUGAAUAAGGAUGGAAGGUCUGCUCAGGGGCUCACUCUACACACAUAUAUAGAUAUAUAUUCGUAUAACUAUGCUAAUAUCUGAACCUAGAUAACAUCACAGUGAUUCCAUAUAAAGUGUUCAGGUACCAGCCGUAUUAACCCUCUCUCUACCGUUUAGUAUCAUAAUAUCCCAAUGUUUCUCUCCCCAUCACUAAUUAAUUGCUAGGACCUGGUAAGUGUGCUUCCCAUCGAUAUACCCAUUAUUAAUGAACCCUUUAUUGAUAUACCCAUUAAUGUUCGCUGGGGGGUCCGCGACAAACAAGAGGGCAUGUAUUCACUCUAACCCGAUGAUCUAUAUCAAUAUAACCUGAUAUUCAGGCGUGUAUUCACUGUGCUUGUGCGUCACAUUGCUUCAGUGUAUAGCACCAACACUCCUCCGUGUAUAACCCUACAAAGGUUAAAAUAUAAAUAUGUUAAUGUAAA